AUGUUUCUCCUUUUACUUGCAGCUAUUAUCUGGGGCAUCACAAAUCCAUUACUUAAACAUUAUAGUAAGGGUAUAGCAAGUGGUUCAUCAUCUUCCUCUUCAUUCUUAGAAGAUUUGCGUUUUUUGGCUUCUCGACCAAAAUAUCUGAUAACUCAGCUUAUCAACUUAAGUGGUUCCGUGGUUUUCUUUGCAGGAUUGCGUAGUGUUGAUGUAGCAGUAGGAAGUAUCGUUGCUAAUUCACUAGCCUUUGUGAUUACUGUACUCACUAGUGUUCUUGUGUUUAAAGAAGGUGCAUUACAACCACGAACCUUAUUGGGAUGUAGUUUAGUAGUCGCAGGUACUGCCUUAUGUGGACUCUCCUCCUCAUAUAAUCAACAGUAG